ACAUACUUGAAGUGGUUCUCACAGUCCAAGAGGCCUCAUUCCUGGGAUUUUAAUCAGUGCACCAAAGGCUUUUCUAUAUUCAAGUGGGCACAGAAAGGAGGCUGAUUGCAAUAUUAGCACGGGCACAUCUUGAGCCUGAAGACCUGAGGGGAAAAUGAUCACUCACCAGUGAAGACGUAAAAGACCUAAUCUGCUUCUUGUGAUAGAGAUUUUAGCCCACUGCAGCUUUCAUACAAUAUGGCUAUAAAAGCGGAGGGUGCUCUGCAGAAACGUGAGGAACUCUGCUUGCUUGGGUAACCCAUCUAUAAGUAGAUUGUGAGGUCUUUUGCAAUGCUCAACCCACAUUUUGGAAUACAUCUUAAAAUGGAUAGAAGUGCAGAUUAAUCUUAUUACUUUUGAUGGAGACGGAGGCGAAGGAAGGAAGGAAGAGAAGAGCAAGAAAUAUCCCUACAGCUGAUGGUUUUAAAAUGAAGGCCGCCAGUGGAAGAAAGUGAGUGAAGAGAAUGAGGGAGACCACAGAGAAUCUACAUUUGCAUUUGAUGGAGCAUAAGAGACUAAGUUCUGCUGCGUACAUAUCUGAAUUUGAGUAAAAGAAGGACAUUGAAGUGGUUUUGGACAUUCUACACAGAACAAUCCUAGCCAGAGGAUUAAGCUCCCAAGGAACCCGCGCCUCUGAAGAAAGAACCUCUAGUUUGAGCUGAGAAUAACUGCUAGAGAAUGGCACUAUCUAAGAUGGCUUUGAAGAGAUUCAAAAUGAUUUUGUUUUUAAUUGUACUAUUGACCUCUACUUGUUUGUAUUUGAUUAAAAACGGUAUAUUCUGUUUAAAGGAGGAAGAGGCCACGUCACUGACUUUUAUAAUAGAGAGUGGAAACUUUUUGCAGUUGCCAGAUAUAGACUGCAGUAGGACUCCUCCGUUCCUGGUACUCCUUGUGACAUCGUCACAUGGCCAAAAUAAAGCUAGGAUGGCUAUCCGUCAAACAUGGGGGAAACACAGACUAGUUGCUGGCAACCGCAUUGUGACAUAUUUUCUUCUGGGAACCACCAGGAACCAAAAUGAUCAAACUGGUAUUAUUGCUGAAAGUCAGAAUUACAGAGAUAUUAUCCAGAAGGAUUUUAUAGACACAUAUUACAAUUUGACUUUAAAGACAAUGAUGGGAAUUGAAUGGGUUCACAAAUUUUGUCAUCAAUCCAGGUUUGUGAUGAAAACUGACUCAGAUAUGUUUGUCAAUAUCUUUUACCUGACUGAACUUCUUUUAAGAAAAAAUAGAAGUACUAGAUUCUUCACAGGCUUUUUAAAGACGAAUGAGCUCCCAAUAAGAAAUAGAUGUAGUAAAUGGUAUGUGAGUAAAGAUGAAUAUCCAGGAAGCACGUAUCCUCCAUUUUGUUCAGGGACUGGUUAUGUUUUCUCCACUGAUGUUGCUAGUCAGGUUUAUAAUAUUUCAGAAAGUAUCCCUUUUAUUAAACUGGAGGAUGUUUUCAUAGGACUGUGUCUUGCUAAACUAAAAAUCAAUCUGGAGGAACUUCAUUCAGAACUGACAUUCUUCCCAAGCAGGGUUGUGUUCUCUCUUUGUCACUUCAAGAAAAUUGUGACAUGCCAUCACGUGAAACCUCAUGACCUGCUGAUCUACUGGAAUGCACUGGAGAGCUCAAUGGAUGAAAAAUGCCCAGAUGUAUGAAAUAGCUGAGCUAACAAAGUGACACAAAAAAGCUACAGGACCAGCCUUUAGUAGGCUUACCACCUGGCCAGUAUUUGACUAGCCUGGCCCUUUUUUUAUGGAUUUGCCAGGUGCCAGAAAAAUAAUUUAAUCUGCCUUUUUUACAUGUGUCUAAAGAUUUGCAUUAAUAUCACCACAUUACACUCGGAUGUCUAAUGUUAAAAGUUUCUGUGUCCAGCUAAAGACGCUGCAGUGUUCCCACUUCCGCAGCUUAAGUAAGAAAAUGAUGUUAUCAAUCUUAUCUAUAUGUGCUCUCUCACUAGAUACUGUAAGUGGCUACUGGGGGCAGGAUGUGCAGAAUUGUCUUCUGGGGUGGGAGUGGUGCCGGUUUUUUUGCAUUUCAAAGGUGGUAACCCUAGCCUUUAGUCAGGCAAAACUUGGCCACUGAAGUUAGGCUGGGGACUUGUACAGUCAAAGAGACACUGAUAAAUAUUUUAAUCUCUUGCCCCUCUGCAAAUUUGCUGGUAUUUAUUUGCAAACACUGGAUUUUCUUGCAGGGCACAAACCAACAAAACCGCUUUGUCUCAGUACGAACACUUACAGUAAUGUCAGCAGAAGGCAGGGAAUGCUUACCUAUCAGUUGGUUCUCUCUAUCAUUUUCUCUGUUUCCUAACAUUAAAAGUUUACAGUCCAAAGUCCAUUCCCUGACACAUUAUAACAAGGUUAGGCCACACUCCUGUAAUGAGCUCUGUGUGAGCAGAGACAUGCAUCUGCAUGAAAUCCUUUACACUGCUGAAGUUGAUGGGGCUUUGCACAGUUGUACAGAUCUACCUAUUCAGAGCCUGUUGCAGGAGCAGGGUCUUAAGUUCCAUAGGUUAACUUCUGAGCCUUUAAGAUCACUGCAUUCGUUUUCUAUUAUACAUUUCACAUUUAAAAUCAUGCAUACAGGGCUUAAUCGAGAGCCCAAUGGAAAGAAAAAGUCAACAGUGCUGACAGAAUAUUGGAGUUGGUAAAUAAAUAAUGUAUUUCAACAUGCUAUAUUCCCCCUUCAAUACAAGGUGUAUUUUUGAAUUCAGAGGAAUUAGUAAAUACUGCAAAAUUCUAAACUCAAACAUCACAUUUCCCUUUAUGCUGAGAUUGUCAAAGGGGCUGAAGAGAAUGAGGUGCCGCCAUCAUAUUAAUGGGAUUUGGGUACUGACUCCAUCAGUCUCUUUUCAAAACCCCCAGCCUCAAUUGUUAUAAUUAUACUCAGGCCAUAUAUGUAAAAGCGGAAUGAACAAAAGGGCUAUUUGUAUAUAGUGUAUUUGAUGUAACAAAAUGUGAUUGUUUUAAAUUUGUCUAUUCUCCCCUUGAAUUUGCACAUGCAACUUUUUUAAGGCUGAUAUAAAAAGUAGGAUAGUCUUUACAUUAUUUGCAUAGAACAUAUAAAUAUCAAAUUAACAAAACUUAAUGUAUGAUACUAUUUUA